UGUCGGACUUAUCGCAUCCAAAUCAUCUACCACCGCGUCCAGCCAGCCGCCAGCACAUACCUCUCAAUAUGAACGGACACAAACGUCCUCGUUUAGGGCCAUCAGAAGACAAUUCAAUUCAGGACCUACUGCCACUCAGCGACCAAAAUGCUUGGUUCUAUCCCGCUUAUGGAUACGAUUCGGAUUCUGAAGAGUUGGCUGCAGGUACAGCCCUAGGGAACUGGGGCAAGAAAGACAUGAAAGGAGCCCGAUGGGUACGACGAGGAAAACUGAGCGCAUGGAGCCCAGGUAUGGAAGAAUGGCAGGCGGAAGAGCGCGCUCGGAAGCGUCUAAAACAGCUACUCCCGCAAACAAAACGAUCUCCAUCGCCUCCCACCCUUCCUCAUCUAUUACGUUCUUCGUCGCCUCCUCUUACUUCACCCUACCCGCCGCCGACGUCUCAGCACUUUAGUUACUCGUCAUUUGUCAUGGACAAGGCCGUGACACAUACAUUCAGGUCCAGCCUCCUCGAAGAACUCGAGCAAUCCACAAAUAGUCUUAUUGAAGGCGAGGCGAACAUGAAGGCGGCAUUGGGUCGUCUGUGGCAAGUCAUCAGUGAGGAGCCGGAGCCGGAGCCCACUGGUACCUCUGUCGUGACGAAACGCGAAGACGAAGAUGGCGAUAGUGCCGAAGAUGUGGACAAAGCUAGGAGAAUCGCUCGUGCGCCCGACCUGACGCCACCUAUCCACAAGCUGUUCUUGUUCUCGUACUCUAGUGAGCCGCCCGUACAUGAGCCCUCGCAUUUCGCGUCGCCGGAAACGCAGCAAGAUAAUCUUGAACGCUCCGUCGGCGUGCUCCGAGAACUGCAAGACGACGGCAGAGAAUAUAUCGAGCGUCUGCAAGAGAUCAGGGAAGGCUUAGGGGAGAUCAAGGCCCAGAGGAACGGAGUCUGGCAGAUGGUACGGGAGAAAGCAUUGAAAGAAUUGCAAGACGCGGCGUUGAUGGCGGUUCCGUAGGAUUUUCUAUUUGCUUGACUUCUGUGUCUGCUCUGCUGUUAGUUGUAAAUGAUUGUAUAUCCGUUCUGUCAAUCUAUUGCCGCCAGGCUGCUUUACGGACGUC